CGGGCUCCUCCCGUCGGAGAUAACUGUCAGCGCGGCGGGGAGGCCGGGGCUGGUGCUCAGUCAUAUGACCGGCUGCUCCCAGCUCCCGAGGGCAGAGCCGAGCAGAGCGGCGCGGAGUUCCUCAGCUGCAUCGGCAGCCCCGGGCUGGCUCCCUCCCGUGAUGCUGGGCGGCCGUGCUGCAGUAGCAGGAGCAGCCGCCGCAGCAAGAGCAGCAGGAGCCGCCGGGAUGCCUCCGCCGCGUGGGCCCCGGGCUCGGGCUGCAGCCAGCUGAGCGGGCGGCGCCGCGGGAGCCCGAGGAGCAGCAGCGGCCGCGGGUGGCGGCGGCGGCGGCGGCAUCAUGGCCCCGACCCUGCUCCAGAAGCUCUUCAACAAAAGGGGCUGCGGGAGCGGCGCCGCCUCCUCCUCGACGGCAGCCUCGGGCAGGGCACCCAGGGAAGCACCCGCCUUUAGUUGGUCAUGUUCCGAGUUUGACUUGAACGAGAUCCGCCUGAUCGUUUACCAGGAUUGUGAAAGGAGGGGCCGACAAGUCUUGUUUGACUCUAAAGCAGUCCGGAAGAUGGAGGAGUCAGUGGCUCAGAGACCUGAGGAUGUCCUCCUUAAAAUGCCAGUGAGGUGCUGCCAGGCACGGAACAGCAGCAUCAGCAGCAGCGGUAGCGGUAGCACCUCUUCCCAUCAUUCUGCAGCAGGCUCUCUACACGGCAAGGAGCAGCUUCCCAAGUACCAGUAUACAAGACCAGCUUCUGACGUUAAUAUGCUUGGGGAAAUGAUGUUUGGUUCCGUGGCAAUGAGUUACAAAGGCUCUACUUUAAAGAUCCACUAUAUACGUUCUCCACCUCAGCUGAUGAUUAGUAAGGUCUUCUCUGCUAGGAUGGGCAGCUUCUGUGGAAGUACCAACAACUUGCAAGACAGCUUUGAAUACAUCAACCAAGAUCCUAAUUUGGGAAAAUUGAGCUCAAAUCAAAAUAGUUUGGGUCCCUGUCGUGCUGGAAGUAACCUAGGUAUGCUCCAGGUUUGCAGCAGCAAGCUGCUGCAAGGGUUGGCUGAAGGAGGACCUCUCCGGCUCACCCGGAGCGCUUCUUUCUUUGCAGCGCACAGCACUCCUGUCGAUAUGCCUAGCAGAGGCCAGAAUGAAGACAGGGACAGCGGCAUUGCUCGAUCAGCUUCCCUGAGCAGCCUGCUGAUCACACCCUACCCGUCUCCAAGCUCCUCUUCCUCUUCUUCCAGCAGUUACCAGCGCCGCUGGCUUCGGAGCCAAACGACCAGUUUGGAGAAUGGCAUUGUCCCCAGGUGGUCAACUGAGGAGACUUUUAGUUUGGCUGAUGAGACCUGUAGUUCUAACCCCUCCAUAGUUCGAAGGAAGAAAAUCGCCAUCAGCAUCAUCUUCUCCCUGUCUGAAAAAGAAGAGGCACAGAAGAACUUCCAGGAUUUCUUUUUCUCUCACUUCCCUCUCUUUGAAUCCCACAUGAACAGGCUGAAGAGUGCAAUUGAAAAGGCCAUGAUCUCUUGCCGGAAGAUAGCUGAAUCAAGUCACAGAGUACAGUUUUAUAUCAGCCAUCUGAUGGAAGCUCUGGGAGAGUUCAGAGGGACUAUCUGGAACUUGUACUCUGUUCCGAGGAUCACCGAACCCGUGUGGCUCACUAUGAUGUCCAGCACAUUGGAAAGAACGCAGCUCUGCCAGCGCUUUCUCAAGGAGUUUACACUUCUAAUUGAACAGAUCAACAAGAAUCAGUUUUUUGCUGCAUUACUCACUGCAGUAUUAACUUACCACCUGGCGUGGGUGCCAACUGUGAUGCCUGUCGAUCAUCCUCCAAUCAAAGCCUUUUCUGAGAAGCGUACUUCACAGUCUGUGAACAUGCUGGCCAAAACACACCCCUACAACCCUCUCUGGGCACAGCUGGGUGACUUGUAUGGGGCCAUUGGCUCUCCAGUGAGACUCACUCGGACUGUGGUCAUCGGGAAGCAUAAGGAUUUAGUUCAGCGGAUCCUUUAUGUCCUGACCUAUUUCCUCCGGUGCUCUGAGCUACAGGAGAACCACCUGACCUGGGGCGGAAAGCUCUGGGAAGGAGAGGAAGUGCUGAAUGGUAGUAAGAUGACAACAGCCCUGGAGAAAGGAGAGGUGGAGGAUUCUGAGUAUGUGGUGGUGACUGUAAGGAAUGAGCCCGCACUGGUACCCCCAGGGCUACCCUCAAAGACUGGUGAGAAAAAAGCAGACACCCCAGAAGUCCUAGGGACAGACCACCUCUUCUCUAGAGUCGGCACAGGAUCAGGAAGGAAUGAGCAGGACUUAGAGGCCUCUGGCACGGCCUCCUUGGAUGAAGCAGCAUUGGAUGCUUCUUGGGAGAAUCAGGGACCAUUGCAUGUGGUGGGAAAAAGCCAGGAGGAUGCCUCCAAGGGUGACCCUCCAAGAGCCCCUAGCUACGAAAGAGUGGUCAAUUCAGAAGCUUGGGCGGUGGGGCUGAAGACCGGACAGCAGACGCCCAGUGAAGAGCUGAGAAUGGAAAUGGACAAGAAGCCCCCGGACAGGUCGUCUGGCUGGCCUUGCCCAGACAGACGUCCUCAGGAAAGCUCUCACUUAGAGAAAGUCACUUUCCAGAUUGGAAGCUCAGUGUCUCCAGAGUCGGAUUUGGAAAGCCGAGCAAGGGACAUGGAGGAGAAGCUGAAGGCCUUCAGGAAUCCUCCUGAUUCAGCAAGGAGUCUCUUGGGUCAGGCCCAUGAGACUACCAGAGCAGCUCAGGACCAGCAGGUGUCUCAGGUCCCUUUUAGGUCUGGCAUUCGGAGGAAUGUUUGCUAUGCCCAGAUCCCCUCUUCUGAAGAGUCCCAAGGCUUGUCAGGCCGGAGUUUUGUUGAGGGCGGUGACAUAAGAAUUGAUGUCAUAGAUGCUGCUGAGCAACUCAGCCUGGCGGCUGAGCCCUCGGCGCCCUUGGACAAGGGGGCAGGGACUGAAAAGCAAAGAUCUCUGCAGGAAGGUAGAGGUUUGUGCUUGAAGACAGUGAGAGGACAUUCACUAGAACCUGUUCAGAACAGGUGUAUGCAGCAGGACUCCGGCCUUGUGGCAGCUGCAGAUGUCCCCUGUGGGGACGCUGAUGGGAAAACUGCCUUCAGGAUGGAAGGAGACAUUCCUAGGAACGAAAGCUCAGACAGUGCCCUCGGCGACAGCGAUGAUGAAGUGUGUGCUUCAGCUCCAGGAAAUCUAGGCCCCAACAGCGACAGGAAUGAAGAAUCCUCAGAAGUAGAGCUGCCUUUGCCAAGGUCUCAGAUCAUCAGCAACCAAAAUGUAAAGAACUUUGGCCGUUCCCUUUUAGCGGGUUACUGCCCCAUGUACAUGCCUGAUCUGGUGCUCCAUGGGACCAGCAAUGAUGAGAAACUGAAGCAGUGCCUCUUAGCAGAUCUAGUCCAUGCAGUGCACCAUCCUGUGCUAGACGAGCCAAUAGCAGAAGCCAUCUGUAUUAUUGCAGACACAGAUAAAUGGAGCGUCCAGGUAGCAACGAGCCAGAGGAAAGUGAUGGACAACAUGAAACUCGGCCAAGAGGUCUUGGUGUCAAGCCAGGUGUCCAGUUUACUGCAGUCUAUUUUACAGCUUUAUAAGCUCCGCCUUCCUGCUGACUUUUGCAUAAUGCAUCUUGAGGAUAGGCUCCAGGAGAUGUAUCUCAAAAGCAAAAUGCUCUCCGAGUAUCUUCGAGGACAUACGAGAGUUCAUGUGAAAGAACUAGGAGUUGUGCUGGGGAUCGAGUCUAAUGAUCUUCCUCUGCUGACUGCUAUUGCGAGCACUCACUCUCCUUAUGUCGCUCAAAUACCUCUUAUAAGCUAAGCCUGGAGAAGUCCUUCUCUGGACAAAAACAAAACGAAAUCAACCACAGAUGCUGAGAAACUCGACUAGAGGAGAAGGGCAGAGGCAAAAGCCAGCAGCCUUAUCAUGAAAACAGGCUUUCCACCACUGCCUGUUUGGUUUUGAGACUUUGGUUUACAUGACUUAAUGACAUUCAGGUUCUUCUCUAACACUUUAGUCACCUAUGGAUUGACAGGAGGAGGAGGUGACCUUUAAAAAAAAACAACAACCCUGCAAAAAGGCAAAACAAACACUACGGCAAAUACUAGACUUUCAGUAUGAACUGGCUUGUGUUACUUGGAGAGAAAAAUGGACCAGCCAGACCAGCUGGUUCUUCUCCUCGCUGACUUUGGAGGCGGGAGCUGCCCAGUGUACAGAACAUUCCUACAGCCAAACAUUCCCCAGCUUGGAGGUGAGAUACUGCCCGAGCUGGAGAAGGCACAUUGGCUUAUUGCAAGGGCACGGGGAAGACAAGGACUCUGCAUGGAUUGGCUGCUGGAAUUGCUUUUUUUUUUUUUCUUCUAACCAGGCGAGAGGAGGAAAGCCACGUUUUUGUUGCCUUCAGCUCUGAUCGCCGUUUUGAUAAUGAAAACAAAUGAGGAUGCCUGUGGGGACAGUGGGAUUUAUUAGGGACUAGUCGUCAUUUUAAUUUCUCUGGGAGGUGAUAUUGUUUCGGAUGUUAACCUGACUCAGAUUUGCAAUGACCUGGGCACGGUGGUUCAGGAAACCUGAGCACAGACCCAACAUGGUAAUGUUAAUCAAGAUGUCCCAGGCAGCGGUCAAGUCCACAGUCACAACCUUGUGUUACCACCUCAUGCUUUUGUCUUUUUGGCUGCCUUCUUUGAGAGGCCGUUUACCCAAAUCAUUUCUGGGAGCACAGGGGAGGAUCUGGGAGGGGGGGGAAUUCUUCCAGCCCAAAUCACUUUCUUCCUGUAACAGUUAGAAGUGACUCUUUACACUUUAAUGAGACAGCCAGCCUUUUGUGAAAUGAGACCUUAAAGUGACUGGGGGAAAAUAAUGUUUGAACAUUUACAAACAUCCUAUUGUAAUCCCACCAAGUUUUUGCACUAUCAUGUCUGUGCCUUCCCAUCUCUAACACCCUACUUCCUCCCCCCUCCCAUAAGAACCUUUGGGUAUUUGGUUCAGAAGUUUUCCCCCACAUACAGUAGUACCUCCAUAUAAAAUUCCUUGUUCUUAAAUCUGAACUCAUUUCUUUGGCAUUUCAAGUAACUCUGUUGUUGACAUUUUUUCCAAAAGGACAUCUUGCAUAGUUUACUCUCCACCAAGUAGUAUAUGAGAAAAAUUAAGACACCCAAGAUGAAAAGGGCCAAUUUUAAAAAGCAUUGAACACCAAACAUAAUCAUUUUUGUCAAAGCAAUCAGAAAGCAUCCAUUCAACCUUCCACCUGUUCCCAGUCUAGAGUUAGGCAUGCUGAUAGAAGAUGGUUCUAGUUUGAUAUGCUACUUAAUUUCCUAUUCUUUCCAUUCUUCCUAAGAGCAAUUCAGUGACACCUAGUUUGGAGCCAAGAUGAUUAAAAAAAAAAAAAUCAGAGCAGUUAAGAGCCUAAUAGCUGAUCCCCGGCUGCCUGUCUGGCACAUUGUCAGUGAGCCCAGCUUUGGUUGAUUCUUUUACAGAUGCGUGUUCAUUCUCUUUUUAAAAAGAGGAUGCCAGCAGUAGGGAUGAAGGGAUUUGAAAGGUGGAGUUACUUAGGGCUGGGCAGCUUGCUCGAUUUCAUAAGAGACCUUCCAUUCUUUCCCUGAGAUGUGAAGUGUUUACCGGCUCAUUAGGACUUCUUCUUUCUGGAUUUCUCAUCUCCACUGUGUAUAAAUGUUUCAAAGAGCAAAGCUCUCUAUUCUUUUAUUCCUACACCUUUGUGGUUCCUGAGGAGAGACUUUGAGCUUUGUCUUUUUAAGUGCUUCCUGGGACCACAACUGCUGCUUACUGUCCUUUAGGUGAGAAAAAAUGCAGUUCAACUGGCUCAACCAUUUCUACCCACUACCCUCUCAGGAAAUAAGCCCAGCUGAUGCUUCUUCCUGCCUGUUUGGUCCAUUUGUCUGUGUCUUCCCAUUUCUCCUCUCAGUCAUUUUCAUGUUUUGUGUAAAUCUCUUCCUCCCCCCAAAACUUGCAGGUUCACAUAAGAUACUCUUGCACAAUAGAUGCUAACCAGUAUAACUGCAGUGUGUAUACGGUGGCUUUCUGAGAAGCAAGCCCAUUGAAUGGAACCAGGCAUGACAGGGGUCGUCAUGACUGCCACCAGCAGUUUGAAUGCUACCCUCCCCCCUCUUUGGUUUGAGCAGGUCUAUUUCCACACUUAAUUUAUUUAAGUUCCAAAUUACAUAGUCUUUUUUGGUAAACUGUGUUUUAAAACAAACAAAAACAAAAAAAAACCUUAGGUGGAUUUUUAUAUGGGUGUUUUGUCUCCAUUGCACUCAGGAUUCCAGUCAGUCCAUAUUCCUCACAACUGUUGCCUCCACAAACAGACCUAGAAUGUUACUGCUGCUAUUUUCAAAUACUUCAUUAAGAAACACUCACACUUUUUUUGUCUUUAUUAUUCAACUUCUUUCCAAACUAGAAAGAACAGAAACUUGUGACAGUUGCGUUGAAAUAAAUACUUUUUUGAAGCCAAUGGCUUUAGUCUAACUAAUCCGAAGACUCAGGAGAGUCCUUGCUCUCCUCCAUCCCCACUUCAAAAAGAAAAAGAGCAAAAAACUACCUCAGUUGACAGGAUUCCACUUUUAGGGCUUCUUCAACUUUGUAAGUCUUACCUGUUUUGAGUGUAACUUUUGUAGCCUCUUGCUUCCUAAGGCAAGUUAGUAUGGCAUGACCGAGCAGACGGUGCGUGUAAAUGUCAUGGUGACGAACCGCUUUAGAGCAUGUGUUAGUUUUAUUUUUUAAUAAAUCGAUAAGUAAUAUGAAUGUAAGGGGAAUUGUGCGUGUUUCAAACUGAUGGUGAAUAAAAUAAAAAAAAAAAAAAUGUAGCUGAAAAUCUGCAAAUUUUCCAAAGCGUUUUAUUCUUUUAUCAGUGUUAACAAAUAGCUUUUUGUACAGGCUUGCAAUCCAUUUUUCUCAGUGUGCCUGUUUUUUUAAUGAAAGUGAUUGUAAUCUUUUUCACAUCCCCAUGAAACUGCUGUUUACACAUUACUGACUUUUACAAGCCCAUAUUUUUCAAACCUAACUUUUUUUGGAGGGAAGAAAAUCCCUACUGCAUUCAACGUGACUCAGCUGCUGUUGGACUCUUCUAAUGAAAUACUGAGAUUUUAUAAAAUGUACAGUCUCUAGCUUUUCAUUCUCUUCACCUGGGCUAGCCAUUGUCCAUGAAAGCAACCAAUAGGAAGGAACCCCGGAGUUCUUUUAAAUGUGUAGUUUUGGGCCACUAACCUGUACUUUGGAGAGUAUUUUUUCCCAUGGAUAUUUUCCACUACUAGCAUGGAAAGUCUACACCUGAACUCUUUAUUAAUAGAUGUGGCAUUUGGCUGUUACUUUAAAAAACACACACACUGUAUAAAUUUUACCUUGGAUCAGAGCUUCUGCACCUACUCCAACUUGCUGAAUGUUACUUUUAACAGUGAACCAUGCAUCUUGGAAGAGAGAAUGUGACAUACUGAAGCUUCACUGGUUAUGCAAACAGGAGAAAAUUCUGGAUUUUGCUAUUAUUGCAUCUCUUUUGUGACAGACUGAAAGGAUCUUAUUUUUUGAUCGGUCAACUAGGUACCAAUGUCAACUGUGUGGACAUUUUUUCUUACUGCUUUAAGUGUAUCAUUUUGAUCUAGUUCUCUGUGGCAUUUGGUGCAAUAAAUCUUUUGAAUACAA